AUGGUGACUGCCAAGGUAUGGGUGCUGAAGAAUCAUUUUGAGGGUUUGCCCAAAAGCAGCGACUUUGACCUGAAACAGAUAGAGCUGCCAAACCUAAAGGACGGAGAGCUGCUGCUUGAAUCAGUGUUUCUCAGUGUUGAUCCGUACAUGAGACCUUACAGUCGAAGGUAUAUGAAGGAAGGGGAUGUAAUGAUAGGCACGCAGGUUGCCAGGGUUGUAGAAAGCAAGAAUCUGGCUGUCACAGUGGGGACUUUUGUUGUGGCUAAUAGUGGCUGGAGAACUCAUUUCAUCUCUGAUGGGAAAGACCUAGAACUCCUUCCUUCUAGCUGGCCAGAAUCGCUCCCCAGAUCUCUGGCUCUUGGAACAGUUGGCAUGCCAGGCCUCACUGCGUAUUUUGGUCUGCUGGAGGUCUGCAAGAUGAAGCCAGGCAAGACGGUGCUGGUUAAUGCUGCAGCUGGUGCUGUGGGCUCUGUGGUGGGGCAGCUCGCUAAAAUCGGGGGCUGCAAAGUAGUUGGCUGUGCUGGCUCAGAUGACAAGGUUGCCUAUCUGAAAAAAAUAGGCUUUGAUGAAGCCAUUAAUUACAAGACUGUUACAUCUCUGGAUGAAGCACUGCGUAAAGCCUCUCCUGAUGGCUACGACUGUUUCUUUGACAAUGUGGGUGGAGAAUUUGCCAGUAUUGCUGUUAACCAGAUGAAGAAAUACGGAAGGAUUGCAGUCUGUGGAGCCAUCUCUCAGUACAAUGAUUCCGUGCCUCAGAAAGGUCCUUACGUUCAGAUUCCAAUGAUCUUCAAAGAGCUUCGAAUGGAAGGGUUUAUUGUGACCCAAUGGAAGAACCGCCGUGAGGAAGGUCUGAAGGCACUGCUAAAAUGGGUCAUGGAGGGAAAAGUGAAGUUCCGUGAAACAGUAACUGAAGGAUUUGAGAACAUGCCAAUGGCUUUCAUUGGAGUGUUAAAGGGAGAAAAUAUUGGAAAAGCCAUUGUAAAAGUAAUUCCAAAAGCUUUUCCAGCUGAUGGUCCGUCUGAUGACUAA